AUGUGGUUUAUGUCGAACUUGAAAGAGUUUAUAGGAGACUCGGCUGAAUUGGUUUUUGUUUCCGAUAGGAAAAAUAGUAUUUUUAAUGCCAUUGCUAACAUAUUUUUUCUGUCUCAGCAUAGGUACUGUAUUUGGCAUCUGGAGAAGAACUUAAUCCAGCGGUACAACAACGCAAGUGCAAUAUUUCUAUUCAAACGAGUUGCAAAAACUUCUCGGGUCGAAAAGUUUGAAAGACUUAUGGGACAGAUCCAUAGGGUAAGUGAACGCGCGUACGGGUACUUGGAGCGAGCUGGUUCGUUGCCGAUCACAUGCUUGGUCGAACACAUUCGGCAAACUAUGCAGAAGUGGUUCUACGAACGUCGAACCAAUGCAACCGCAUGUAGUGCCUUGUUGUCAUCGAGGAUGGAAAGCGAGUUACGGACAACGUUCGAAGCAGGUGCAACGCUUCGAGCUCAAGGCCUGACAGAGAACUUGACACAAGUUAGACUAUCCAAUGACACGGAUAUCGUGGACUUCUCCGAUAACACGUGCAUUUGUCGUGAGUUUCAACUUAAUCAUAUGCCAUGCAUUCAUGCAAGUCGCGCUGCCUGCUUGCGAGGUAAGUCAUUGUACGAUUUAUGCUCACCGUAUUACACAUCGGAUUACUGGAGGGGUGCCUACAGCGAAGCAAUCUAUCCUCUUACGCGUGAAGUGGACUGGAUUGUCCCGAACGAAAUCUCAGGUACUCCUAUUCUGCCACCGAGUGUACAUCGUCCUCUAGGUAGACCACCCACAAGACAUCAUCGAUCCAGACAAGAGUCCACCACACGACUGAGGAAAUGCACUCACUGUGGUAGAGUCGGUCAUAAUCGGACCACAUGUUCAAACCCCAUUGUACCACGGCCCAUUCAAAUAGGCUCUUCUCUGUGA